AUGAAGAAUAUCUCAAAUUUAAUUCAAGAUGAAUCUCAAAUCAAUUAACUUAGACUUAGUGGUCAUAGAAAACAUCCAUCUCCUUAAAUUCAGAUAUAUGACAAAUUAAAGUCUUCUAUUCAACUUGACUGUUAGAAUAGUUAUACUAUUAAAAUAAAAACACCAACAAGUUCUGAUAAGAAACUUUUUGAAUAUAAGAAUUAAAAGGAUUUAGAAUUAUUAGUCUCUUUAAUUAUUUAACCUUGUUUACAUAUGAAUAAUUGCAUACAUGAAUAAUUAUAUGAAAAAAAUUAACAAGGCAAGACAUUUAGAUAGGUUUGUGAAUUCAGAGUAGAUUGGACUAAAAAAAUAAAGAAAGCUGAGAAACAUUUUGAAAACUCAAUUCAACAUAAAAAAGUUUAACAAAUACAAUGUUAAAAUAAUGAUUAAUUUUAAAUUAUUAUUCUUGAGGCUAUUAAUAAUAAAGAGACAGCCUUAAAAAUGAUGAUUGACUAAGCCAAGAAAGAAUCAUAAUUCAUUGAAUAUGCUAAGAGAUUUGCAAUUCAAUAUAGACAAAGAAUGGAUUAUUGCGAAUCGAUAUUUAGUUAAUUUGAAGACGUACAAAAUCGUAAGAAAUAUAUCUAUCCACCUUCCUUCUGGUCAAUUCUUGAUUGUUCUUGCAAUGCUACUAUGUCAUGAA